CACAUCUUCAAAACGAAAGGGAUUUCGGGGCAUUCCCAAUUGAGAAGCUCCACAGUUCGUUUGUUUCUUCUUUGACAAGAUGGAGCUCGCUAGUGACUUCAAGGCCAGAAGCUUCCUGGGAUUUCUGUCCAUUAGGAGUGGCCUCGUCGUGAUCGCGUUCGUUCAGAUUCUCACUGGGGUGUCGCUUUACUUGGCCUUGGGCUACCUUCGGCCCAGUCUCCACGGCGCAGCAUACUUUAUGCUGCUGACGAACAUAGCGAGUGCGCUGCUUGGAACCUGGGGCCUGUGGCGACGCAAUCAAUGUGUGGAAACUAUCUACCUUGCAACGUAUCUUGCGUGCCUUUCUUUUUUGGUAAUCACCGUUCUAAGCUUCGCCAACGUUGUCCAAGCCCUACCGAAGGCACCUGCCGGCGUCAGUGAAGGGUUCACGCAGCUGGACAAGCUACCGCACUUCCGAAACCCCAUCACCUCAUAUAUUUCCGAAGCGGACCAACACGCAAUGCUUAUCCAAAUCUUGCAGCAUUCUACGUUACCUGAAUUGAAAAUGCCGGAGAUGGAAAUUCCGUCUCUUCCCAAGAUGCCUGGGAUUCCCAAUUACGAAGACAUUCCCUUUGUCCCCCACCUCAAUCAGACGGAGGGAGAAACAGAAGAACUCAGUGCCGGUGAACUACCGCCUGAAGCGCAGAACCUCACACAUCAGCAACAAGAGGAAGUGACCGCGCUGGUGAAAAUGCAAAAGAGGCCUGUAAAGCUUGCCUUUGCUGGCGUACUUGGUCUCCUUGCCCUGUUCCAGUUAUACGGCAUCUGGAUUAUCAUCACUUUUAUUAUGAACAAAUGUAUGAGUUUUGACGAAUUGGCUGGAGCACCAGAGCAGUUCAGACCCCUUGUCGGCCAGUGACACUGCAAAAUCCCCACAAGCCACUGUGUCAACAAUAUUGAUUCCCUCGACGAGUGCUUAACUGAAAUAAACCCUGUCCAGUUGAAAUUACGUGAGUACGCAUGUGUCUGCCAAUUCCCGGUUUCAAAUCCUUCCACUCCUCUGUUUCUCCCGAUCCAACAUCUUCUUUUGAAGGGUCUCGAUCCGCUGGGUGGCCUCCUUUAAUUGCGCUUUCAUGUCCGAAUCAAGCUUGUCACACCGCUGCCUGAUGAGAGACAAGAAAGCACCGUCAAGAGAUGUAUAAAAGCAUUAACGUAUGUAUAAUCGGCAUGAAACUCCGAGAGGUCGACUUACAGUUCUCCUCGUAUGUAGUCCAGUCGUUUGUUCACGGUCGCCGUUGCGUCUUCUCGGUUUUGUCUAACAAGCACUGGUCCUACAAUUUUGUACAGCACUGA